UUUUGUCUUUUAUAUAGAACGUAUAGCGGUGAUGGAGAAUGCUCAUACUAAAACAGUGGAGGAGGUUUUAGGCUUCUUCGUUGUAAAUGAAUCUACAGGCCUGAGCUGUGAGCAGCUGAAGAAAAACAGAGAGAGAUGGGGACCCAAUGAAUUGCCUGCUGAAGAAGGAAAGUCACUUUGGGAGCUGAUCCUGGAACAGUUUGAAGAUCUGUUAGUUCGAAUACUGCUGCUGGCUGCAUGCAUUUCUUUUACCCUGGCGUGGUUCGAAGAAGGGGAGGGGACCAUCACUGCAUUCGUUGAGCCCUUCGUCAUCCUUCUCAUCCUGAUUGCUAACGCUAUUGUGGGUGUGUGGCAGGAAAGAAAUGCAGAGAAUGCCAUUGAAGCUUUAAAGGAGUAUGAGCCUGAAAUGGGCAAGGUCUACAGACAGGACAAGAAAAGUGUCCAGAGAGUCAGAGCCAAAGACAUCGUUCCUGGAGACAUCGUUGAAGUUGCUGUUGGUGAUAAGGUUCCAGCUGACAUCAGGUUAACAUCCAUCCGUUCCACCACGCUCAGAGUAGACCAGUCAAUUCUGACGGGGGAGUCUGUGUCUGUCCUUAAACACACAGAUCCAGUACCAGACCCUAGAGCAGUCAAUCAGGACAAGAAGAACAUGCUGUUUUCUGGUACAAACAUUGCUGCAGGACGGGCCAAUGGGGUUGCCGUUGCAACUGGGGUGCAUACAGAGAUUGGGAAAAUCCGAGAUGAGAUGGCCUCCACCGACCCUGAAAGAACGCCACUGCAACAGAAAUUAGAUCAGUUUGGGGAACAGCUGUCAAAGGUCAUCAGUGUUAUUUGUGUGGCUGUGUGGGCCAUUAAUGUUGGACACUUUAAUGACCCAGUUCAUGGAGGUAGCUGGCUGAGAGGAGCUGUUUACUAUUUCAAGAUUGCUGUUGCACUGGCUGUAGCUGCUAUUCCAGAAGGCCUUCCCGCUGUCAUCACUACGUGUCUGGCACUUGGUACUCGAAGAAUGGCCCGGAAGAAUGCUAUUGUCCGCAGUUUGCCAUCAGUGGAGACCCUGGGAUGCACCUCUGUUAUAUGCUCAGACAAAACAGGAACACUGACAACAAAUCAGAUGUCAGUGUGCAGGAUGUUUAUAGUAGACAGCGUUUCAGGAGUACAUUGCUGCCUGAAAGAGUUCACUGUGACUGGAUCUACUUAUGCCCCCGAGGGGGAAGUUUAUAAGGAUGGCUCAGUGGUGAAGUGCAGCCAGUAUGAUGGCCUGGUGGAGAUGGCCUCCAUCUGUGCUCUGUGCAAUGACUCAUCACUAGACUACAACGAUGCAAAGGGUGUUUAUGAGAAGGUUGGAGAGGCAACAGAGACUGCACUGUGCUGCCUGGUGGAAAAAAUGAACGUGUUUGAUACAGAUCUGAAGGGUCUGAGACGUUCUGAGAGAGCUACAGCCUGUUGUUCCAUGAUUAAGCAGCUGAUGAAGAAGGAGUUGACACUCGAGUUUUCCAGAGACAGAAAGUCCAUGUCUGUUUUCUGUUUCUCCAAUAAACUCACCCAGUCUGCCUCUGGAGCAAAGAUGUUUGUAAAGGGAGCUCCAGAGAGCAUAUUAGAACGCUGCAAUUACAUCCGUGUCAGCGGCUCUGAUCGUGUACCUCUGGGCAUGUCUGUUCGAGAACAGCUCCUGUCCACCAUACGGGAGUGGGGCUCAGGACGGGACAUGCUGCGCUGCCUUGCCAUGGCAACUAGGGACUCACCACCUGAUAUUCACUCCCUUAAUCUUGAGAACUCUGCAACCUUUGUUGACUAUGAGUCGGACCUGACCUUUGUAGGCUGUGUGGGGAUGUUGGACCCUCCAAGGAAAGAGGUUCUUGGAGCAGUUCAGAUGUGUCGACAGGCUGGCAUACGGGUCAUCAUGAUCACAGGUGACAACAAGGGGACAGCACUGUCCAUCUGCAGGAGAGUGGGCAUCAUCACAGAGCAGGAGGAGGAGCAAGAGGUUGGAAGUAUUGGGGGCCUUACAGGCAGAGAGUUUGAUGAGUUGCCCCCUCAUCUACAACGCCAGGCCUGCCGGACAGUACGGUGCUUUGCGCGUGUGGAACCGGCCCACAAAAGUCGCAUUGUGGAGUAUCUGCAAAGCCUGAGUGACAUCACUGCCAUGACAGGUGAUGGUGUCAAUGAUGCUCCAGCACUCAAAAAGGCAGAGAUUGGCAUCGCUAUGGGCAGUGGUACAGCUGUAGCCAAGUCAGCCUCGGAGAUGAUCCUAGCUGAUGAUAACUUCUCCACCAUUGUGGCUGCAGUGGAGGAAGGCAGAGCUAUUUACAACAACAUGAAACAGUUCAUCAGAUAUCUCAUAUCGUCCAACAUAGGAGAAGUGGUCUGCAUUUUCCUGACAGCUGCACUGGGCAUGCCAGAAGCUCUGAUCCCAGUCCAACUACUGUGGGUCAACCUGGUCACUGAUGGUUUCCCAGCAACCGCUCUGGGCUUCAAUCCUCCAGACUUAGACAUCAUGUCUCGUCCUCCCCGCUCUCCCAAAGAGCCACUGAUCUCCAGCUGGUUGUUCUGCCGCUACCUCAUCAUUGGAUGUUAUGUGGGAGCAGCCACUGUAGGAGCUGCUGCCUGGUGGUUUAUGGCAGGCCAUGAUGGGCCCAAACUAUCCUUCUAUCAGCUGUCCCAUUAUCUCCAGUGCAAUGAAGGCCACGUUGAAUUUGCUGGUGUGCAAUGUUCAGUGUUUGAGUCCCCAUAUCCUAUGACGAUGGCUCUGUCUGUGCUGGUCACCAUAGAAAUGUGCAAUGCCUUGAACAGUCUUUCAGAGAACCAAUCUCUGCUAAAAAUGCCUCCAUGGUCAAACCCCUGGCUGGUGGGAGCCAUCUGUCUCUCCAUGGCUUUACACUUCCUCAUUCUGUAUGUCGACCCCCUGCCGGUGGUUUUCCAGAUCUGCCCUCUAUCGUGGACUCAGUGGGUGGUGGUUUUAAAGAUGUCACUGCCUGUCAUCUUGAUGGACGAGGCUCUCAAGUUCUUGGCCCGCAACUACAUUGAACCAGGAAGCCAGACACUAGAGGAGGAAGAGCUGCAAAGGUCAUGGGCCAGCAUGGGAUUAGUUGGUUCAACCAUAUCAAAGCUCCAUCAGUCAAUGAAGGGCGUGUCCUGGUUGUUUGUCCUGAUUUCUACACCACUUGUGGUCUGGAUCUUCAGCCUGGACUCCGACAUCACCAACAUCUUCUGGGAGUGAAACAUGAAUUGGAAGGCUGGCUGUAGGAGCAAUACUGAACCAUAGCAGAUGAAGAAGAGACUGAGAAAGCAAAUGAUAGAUUGCUGGGAGAUUAGUUUACAAACCACAAUAUCAAUAUUGAAACAUCAGAAAUGGAUGACAGAGAUUUGAGGACAGCUGAUUUCGUUGAUCAUAAAGAUGCUUUUUGGAGCUUUUUAUUUUUGUUCAAAACACUUUUCUUUGGAUCUAAUUGGUGGGUGACUGAAGCGAAUAUUGUAUCACUAUAGUUAAGAUUCUGUCAGAAGUGUUUUGCCUUAGAUCUUAGCUGAUCAUCUUUGUUCAGUCACGUGACAUCUUGUUUCAAACCUCCAGACAUUGUCCCCUUUCAGACAUUCCUUUCUUUUAUCACUACCAGCCUCGAAAUUCCAAACAGAAAUUAAAUUUGGUUCUUUCUGGUUGAGUUAGUUAUGUAGGUGGUUGAGCUAAGCUAAGCUAAGCUGCUUUAUGUGUUUUGUAAUUCAGUUCCAUAUAAAACCUUAUAGAAAAAACAUGGUCCUCAGGAAAAAGUGUGGAAAAGUUUGUAAGAUCGCGUACACUAUUUACCCUCAGGAGUACACAUUAUGCCUGAUAGUUACAUGUACAACAGAAUAUAUCCUGAAUAUAUCCUCAUGUGUUACUGCUAAAUAUGUUUAAUAUUGUUGCAGCAGCCAUUUUGUACUCUUGCAAAUCAAGGUUAGAAGUAAACCUUAGUAGGACGACCUUUUCAGAAUGAAAGUUGCUCAAUCCUGUUCUGUUCAUAGUGGUCGUUCACCCAGUUUGUGCAGUGAAGCUCAAUGUUUAAGGCUAUAAGAUGAAUUUGAGUGUCAGAAUAUUUUUGAGUUGACAUUAAUUCCAUUUUGUGAUGUUUUGGUAGGCCUGGAAAAGGUUUUUGCAUCACUAUUCAAAUCUCUGCAAACUUAUCUGUAAGGCCGUUGUUUUUAGUGGUUUCCUUCGAGUUCUGUACUUCGCUCACAACAGAUGCUGUCUGUAUGUCACAUUGUAUCUCAGUUGUAUGGAAAGUAAACAUAUUCUGAAUUUUAUUGUUAAAUACAUUAUUUUGGGGCCUAUUUAUAAACUUUCUGCUGUUGUCCUGUGACAAA